AUGGCCAUGGUAACGUCCGCUAACGUACCUGUUGACCCCACCGAAAUGCGUAACGUAACGGAGGAGGACCCGAGAGACUUGGCCGCCAAUGUAAACGAGUGGGAUGAAGUGGUGCUGCCAAUCACCUUUCUGCCUGCCAAGAAGCAAGAGGAAGGUGAAAAAAUCAGCUUAGCCAAGAACCUGGCGGACGACGACGAAAGUGAGGUGGUGAAGGACGAGCCAACUUACGCAGUUUCAGUUGUGAAGACAGAAGUGACAGCUACCACACAAAGUGAGACAGUCACUAAAAUAUCGAGCAAGGUGAAGGCGGAGCUUGUCAACGUGGACGAGGGGGAGGGUGCGAGUGGUCGGCUCUUGAUGGAAUGGGCGCAACUGCCGCUUGUGGGGCAGUCAUGCGCCUCCCAUACAUGGCGGCAACGCGACCCAACGUAUCAAUCCAUGAUGGAGCAGAGGGAUUUGCUUGCCGCAAAGCGUCGCUCAGAGCGUAUUCAGCGCGUGUGCGAGUCACUUUUCGUACUGCUAGCCGUGUUCAUUCGAGCCCGCCUGCUCUGGUGUGAAUCAUGUCAUCCUGGCUUCGUUAAACGGCUUUUCCGGCUCCAUGUGCCACGCGAAGAAGCCCCGAAACGCUCGCGCUGCGAAGGUUCAUCCGCAAAGGUUAAAGGCGCUUACGUUUUUGUCAAAGCAGUAGCCGCCGCAAAAGUUCUGACGGCGGAGUCUACAAAGCCGUCGUAUCGCAAGCCCUCACUCGCCCCAGCGUGGGUGACGUGCGCGAAAGACGUUGUGCAGAAUAAAACCUCGGCAGCCGUGAAAAUACUCAUCGAAACCAUCAACAACUACUUCAAGUUGAAGCCGGCGCCUCCAGCUUCGUCGAGUGAGCGUGAAGCGUCUGCCGGUGCCGUUGCGUGCGAUGUUGCUCCAUCAUCUGUGGAGCAGGACUUUUCAGACUGGUCGCUCCCUGUGAAACCACGGUUUCUAUUCACGAAGAUGGCAGAGUGUCAUUACCGUGUCUCCGCGGAUGAGCCAGUCGAGUUGCCCCAUCCCCUUUACUUCUCUCUUCUUUUUCUGGCAUUGGCGCGUGUGGCGGGCCUGAGCUGCCGGCUUGUGGUGGCAAAGCUAGCCAAGACGCCGCUGGAGAAGGCUCGGGCGGCAGCACGUGCCGGCGGCAUUACCAAUGGGGACAAAGGCGCAAUUGAGGGCAGGGGCGACGCCGCGGACGAUGAGAGCGAAGAAGGUGCUCGACGGCCGCUGCGAGCUCUUUCCAUUUUUCAGGACCGCGAGAAGCGCAAGGCAUCUGAUCGCACCGGCUCCAGCGGGGCUGCUUCAGCGGGCAAGGGGUCGAAGCGACCGCGAUCCUCAGCAGUGAUGGCACAAGACAUCAAAGAAAGUGAGGAGCUAAAGUCAAAAAAGCUGCCCACUUCAUGCUACUGGGUGGAGGUGUGGUCCGCAGAGCGCGAGAGCUUCCUUUCUGUUAAUCCAUGCCAAGGCUGUGCCACACUCUGGGGUGCAUCGUACACGCUGUCGGUGUCUGGUCACGUGGCGGUGGACGCAACACCGCGGUACAUUUCCAAGUACAGCACCGCAUAUACCUACGGUCGUCGCCUCGGUACCUGUCAGCAACACCGAUUCUUGUGGCACGACAAACUCUCCUGGGAUGACACCCGCGAGCUGUCAGAGGUGCUACGUGCCACUUUCAACGUGGCCGCGCCACACACAAGCGCGUUGGCGCAGCGGCAGCAGCAGCGGGAGAGCCGGCAGCUACACUCCCUUAUGUACUCGGAGGCUGUGCCCACAACUCUGAACGCACUUCACCACCACCCACUCUACGUGAUAGACUCCGAUCUUGCCCGGCAUGAAGGGGUGUGGCCGAAGGAUGCAAGCACGACGGUGGGAAGUGUGAAGGGCCACAUGGUCUACAAGCGUUCCGCUAUCGUGAGUCUGCGGUCUCGCGACGGGUGGUUGCAUGAGGGGCGCAGCCUGCUCACUGAGGAUCAGCCUGCUUACAAGGUUGUGGCGCCGCCCGCCUCUCGCCCAUUUGCAGCACCGUCGGCAUUUUACUGUCGUUGGCAAACACAGCCAUUUGAGCCACUACCGCUCACUGCAGGCAACCCUCCAAGCAUUCCGCGUCACGGUCGAACGUCGUGGUACAUCUUGCUCGACAAAACCCCGCCGCCGGGGAUCGUACACAUGACUCAGCCUCAGAUAUCUCGCGUGGCACGCCGUAUGAAGCUAGACUUUGGCCUCGCUGUGGUUGGGUUUGAGCGCCGCCGCACCGAUGAGCACCGUCGCGCGCAUUGGGAAACCGUCAUCAACGGCAUUGUUGUCAAGGAAACUGAUAGCAUUGCACUCCUUCGCGCCUAUGAGGAGUGGGUGCAGCUGGUGCAAGAACAGGAGACGUUGAAACGGCGACAGCGUGUGUUCCACUGGUGGCUACUGCUUGCACAGCGUCUACUUUCGCUAAAACGCUUGCAGAAUCAGUAUGCCAAGGGACUCAGCGCUGGAGCGAUGCCGACACAGUGA